CGGCAGACUACCGUUGUCCCUAGCGGAACAACACUUAGGUGAUUGAUAGAGUAAAAAGUUAUUUUCUUUUCUUGUUUGACCUCAGAGAAAGUUAGUAAUUUGAUCCCAAAAUUAUAAGAUAUUAUUGACUGAUUUUUGUUAAUAUAUUGUUGUUUUCCUUCACAAGAUGGCCGGUAACAACGACAAUCAGGACGAGAGGAGAAAUGACAUUCGGAAGCUUGCCAGGAUUAUUCAGCAGUCCCAGAAGGAUCAAAACCCGAAGGUUGACGUUCCAUUGUUUGAUGGAAAUAACGCCUCGGGAUGGGCAGAAAAGUUCGAGCAAUUGGGAAGUUGCUGCGAAUGGUCGAAUGAAAAGAUGUUGCGAAUGGUGAAGAGAUACUGCAAGAUCCAGUACAAGGAAGAGGUCGAGGAGUUGGUACAAGAUUCGCUGGCCAAAAGGAAGCUGCUAGACAAGUACCUGUUGAGCGAUCAACUGUUGGACUUGACAGAUUUGAGGAGGGUUAGUCGGAAAAACUUUGGUACAACAAAGCAGUUCCUUACUGAAUUCGAGCGGGUGGCAAGGUUAGUUCCUGACCUUCCAAACAAAGAUCGUUGCCUCAUCUUCCUGGAUAAUUUCACGGAAGUGGAACAACUAAAAUUGGUAAAAGGAAUGAAAGAGCGAUAUGAUUGGCCAAAAAUUCGAGAGAAUUUAUUGGCCCGGAACUUUGAUCACAUCCUCUACCGAUUGUUGAAACAGCAGAAGGAGAAUCGAAAGAGGAUACAGUUGGGAACAGAUAAGGACAGAGAAGUCUAUAAAACCUUAUCUGGCAUGAAGGAAAUGAUGACGAGCAUGAAAGAAGAGCGGUUGAAGCUUCAAGUAAUGAUGGCUAAGGCGAAAACUGAGAAGAGAAAAGGAAAGGAGCCUGUCACUGAAAAGAAUAGCAGUGAGAGUGAAAGCGAGGAGGAAAGGGAACCUCCUCCGCAGGAAGCAAUGCCAAUGACACGGCCAAUGACGAUGUCUAGACCUGUACUCAAGCGAGGGAUGCCAACCGUCAUGGUGCAGACGAGAAAAGGAAGGAAGACCUCACAAUCGCAGCCUGCGCCAGGAAAAAGUUCAACGGAACCUCAGGAAAAAGAACCUAUUCAGAUAGAAGAAGAGGAUGAUGAUGAGGAAGAUGAAAGAUUGCGAGCAGAGGAUGAACUACUAGCAAAGCAAAGAGCUAUGGAAAGGGCAUCGGAAGCAGGGAAGACCCAGGUCGAGGAAGAAGAACCUCGCAAAAAGAAGAAUGUGUACUCAAUUCCUGUUGAACAAGGGAUUGAUUUUGAACAGCUGGUGGAUCGUAUUCUGGAAAGUCAGCGUGAUCUGGUUACCUUGAAGGAGAUUCUUGCAGUAUCGCCAAAGCUUCGCGAGGAAUUCAAGCAACGCAUGACUCGGAAGAAGGUCAUGACAGUUAAGCUGAGUGAGAUUAUCCCUCCAGAAGUUAACUGGGACCUGCAGAAAUUGAAUUCUGUAACAGUCCGAGAUGCAGGUGGACUUUCGAACGCCGACCAACUUUCGGAAUCUUGUGCAGGCCGGCCCAUCAUCACCUUAAUUGAUUUGUAUUCAGGGUAUGAUCAGUUCUCGCUGUACACAGCGGAUCGACCUAUGACGGCUAUGCACACGCCUCGGGGACUGCUUCAUAUGUGCGCUGCUCCACCGGGUUGGACGAAUAUCGUUGCAAUUGUGCAGAGAUAUAUGAUGAGAGCCAUGCAGCCGCUUUGUCCAGACGUGACUUCUCCAUAUAUUGAUGAUUUGGCUAUCCCAGGACCCCGAGUUAAAGACGAGACUGAAGUGUUACCCGGCGUUCGAAAAUUUGUGUGGGAACACAUCAGCAAUGUGGAGAAGGUUCUGAGAAAACUGAAGGAAUACAACCUCACUGCUAGUGGGGUUAAAUCAAGGCAUGGUAUGAGGAAGGCGGUAAUACUUGGUUUCCUUUGUGAUGAGAAGGGUUGUCGGCCAGAUAUGAAGAAAACGAAUAAGAUCUUGGAAUGGCCGACUCCCUUCAGAUCUAUUACCGGCAUUCGGAGUUUCCUCGGGACAUGCGGAUUUUGGCGUAUUUUUAUCUGCAGAUUCGCAGCAAGGGUGGAACACUUGCGGAAGUUAGUAUGCAAGAACCAUGUCUGGGAGUGGGGACCGAAACAGCAGACAACCGUUGAGGAUAUUAAAGCUGAGUUUCGAGAAGGCGGCCUGAUUCUGGGAGUUCCUUGCUUUGAUGAUGUUGAAGGCCGUCCUUUCAUCAUCGAGACCGAUGCAGGUCCUACCGCUUUGGGAGGAGUUAUGGUCCAAAAGGAUAGGGAAGGACGAGAACGGCCAUUGAGGUUCGAGAGCAGAACUCUGAAUAUUACUGAGCGAAACUACUCCCAGUUCAAGAAGGAAACUCUCGCUGUGCUUCACUCUCUGCGCAUUUUCAGGAAUUAUGUAUUUGGUAUACGGUUCAUUCUGCGAGUUGAUCCUACGACUCUGGCUCAAUCACUGAAGAAUUAUUCUCCUUUUGAUCCAACCAUUGCUCGAUGGCUGACAUAUAUUUGGAUGUUCAAUUUUGAAAUUGAGCGCAUCUCAGGCACUCAGAAUCGAGCAGAUGGAUUGAGUCGUGUUGAUUGGGACUCGUCGACGGAUCAGGCUGAGAAUUCAGUUUCUGUGGAUGAAUUCCUCGAAGGAGAAGAGUCACGGUUGAGUAUUAACUCAUACAAUUAUUUGGCGGAUGCAACAACUCGGCAUGGGAAAACCAUCUGGAAUGCUCCUUGUUUCCAUCAUGUGCGAUCAGAGUUUGUGAUUGGGGAGCUGUUCAUCGAGGAAGACCCAUGGGGUGAAAGAACAUCUGAGCAAAUGAUGAACUUGGCUUUAUCUGAUGAAGUCGAGUUCAUCAAAGAGCCGCUGACAAUUGAAUAUGGGCAUGAGCAGGAUGAUAAGACUUUCAGGGUCACUGUAGAGAUGUCAUUCAUUGUGAAUUCUCUAGUUCACGAAGACCGUAUGAAAUUGAUGAAUGAGGAAACAGAAGGCAGUGAGAUCAGAGAGGCUUUCAGGGAAGGAGAAUAUGAUGGGGAGUACGGAUUGAUGGGAAUGUGGUUGAAUUGUGAGUUAAGGGAUGAUGAGGUGGAUCCAGCUAUUCGCCAGAAAAGCUAGGAUUUUGUUGUAAGAUAUGGUCAUCUUUUCAAGAAAUCCAACGAUGAUAUUCCGAGGAGAGUGGUAUGUGGGGUUACGCGACAACUUGAUGUGAUUGCAGCUUUGCAUGAUGGGAUCGCAGGCGGACAUAGAUCGGCGCGGGUCACUUUAAAAAAAAAUCAACAUCUUUAUUUUUGGGAAGGAAUGAACAAGAUGGUGAAUGAAUUUUGUAACUUUUG